UAUUUAUAUGUAAAUAAUUUAAGAAAUGAAUCAAAAGGAAUUGUCUGAUGGAAGUGAAAGCAAUAUAGAUAUUGAAUUAUCCCAAUUGGACGAAGCUGAAGCAGAAAGGAUAAAGGAUAUCAAAGAAAGGGAUGCUUUUGUCAAACGUUUAAAACAGAGGGACAUUAAAAAAAGAGAAGAAAAGAGAAAAUCUAAGCAAAAAAAGGAAGGAGAAGAGUCAAUAGAAGAAAAAAAGACCAAGCUCCCCAAAUUGAGAAUCGAAUCGAGGAGGAAAUACCUAGAGAAAAGGGAAAAAGAGAAAGUACUGGAGCUCGAGGCUGACCUCGUGGAUGAACAGUAUUUGUUCGAUGAAACAGAAUUGACUCUUAAAGAAAAACUGGACAUUCAAUAUAAGAAAAAGGUACUUAAAAUAGCCAAAGAUUACCAAGAAGCGGAUCAGGUAGAAAAGAUACAACGUUACUACAUUCCACAAGGGAAGGAUGAACCCUCUUCCAAAAAAGUCCUCCCUAAAUACAAACCAGAAGAAGAUUUAACUUUAGAAGGAACCGGGAAAGAAAAAGAUAAACGCACCACUCCUUUCGGAGUAACUGAUCAAAAUAUAUGGGAAAAGUCUCAAAUGGAAGCUACCCAGCUCAAGUUUGGGGCUAGAAAUGCCCUCGAACAUUACAGAAAAAGUCAUCCUCAAAAUUACGAUAUUAUAGUUCCAGAGGAAGAAAUGAAUUUCGUCAGGGGGCUUGAGUUGCCUGGUACCAGACCUCGACCUCCCAAAGACCUUACGGGGGAUAAAAUAUCCCAAGCAAAACCUGAAAUUCAGAUUUCCAAGAAAGAAAAUAUCAGAGAGACCCGCAAAAGCUUACCGAUUUAUUCCUAUAGGCAAGAGUUGCUAGAUGCCAUUGAACAACACCAAAUUCUCAUUGUGGAAGGGGAGACUGGUAGUGGAAAAACUACACAAAUACCCCAAUAUUUAUAUGAAGCUGGCUACACUUCAAACGAUACAAAAGUUAUAGGAUGUACCCAACCUAGGCGAGUGGCAGCUAUGAGUGUAGCAGCUCGGGUAGCUAAAGAAACAUCUUUUAGGCUUGGUAACAAAGUGGGUUACAGUAUAAGGUUUGAGGACUGCACAACGCCAGGCACUACCAUCAUUAAAUAUAUGACAGACGGGAUUUUGCUAAGGGAAUUUCUCAAUACUCCCGAUUUAAGCGAAUAUAACGUUUUGAUAAUAGACGAAGCUCACGAGAGAACCCUUCAUACCGACAUACUAUUUGGGCUAGUCAAAGACGUCGCCCGCUUUCGGCCCGAUCUCAAACUCUUAAUAUCCAGUGCCACAUUGGACGCCCAAAAAUUUUCUCAGUUUUUCGACGAUGCCCCCAUUUUCCGUAUUCCUGGAAGGCGUUAUCCAGUAGAUAUUUAUUAUACUAAAGCCCCAGAGGCGGAUUAUCUGGAAGCUUGCGUUAUAACUGCUCUACAAAUUCACGUGACCCAACCCGUGCCAGGAGAUAUAUUGGUUUUCUUGUCUGGUCAGGAAGAGAUAGAGGUGGUCCAGGAAAUCUUGAUAGAAAAAUGCCGAAAACUAGGAUCCAAAAUCAACGAAUUAAUUAUACUUCCCAUCUAUUCCAACUUACCAUCCGAAAUGCAAGCUAAAAUAUUCGAACCUACUCCACCUCACGCUAGAAAAGUCAUAUUAGCUACCAAUAUAGCAGAGACAUCUCUAACUAUAGAUGGCGUUAUAUACGUAAUAGAUCCAGGAUUUUGUAAACAGAAAUCUUACAACGCCAGAUCCGGUUUAGAAUCAUUGGUUGUGAUACCUAUAUCAAAAGCUUCGGCUAAUCAAAGGGCUGGUAGAGCUGGGCGCGUUGCGGCUGGCAAAUGCUUCAGACUCUACACAUCUUGGGCUUAUAAUAACGAACUCCCUGAUGAUUCUAUUCCUGAGGUUUUUUUUAUAAUCCAAAGAACGAACUUAGGUAACGUAGUUCUCCUCCUUAAAUCCUUGGGCAUCGACGAUCUUUUACGAUUUGAUUUCAUGGACCCACCACCCCAAGAGUCUCUCGUUUCAGCCCUGGAGCAACUAUACGCCUUAGGGGCUGUUAACCAUCUCGGACAAUUAACAACCACAGGUAGAAAAAUGGCCGAGUUUCCAGUGCACCCCAUGAUGUCUAAAAUGAUAUUGGCUUCUCAGAAAUACAAUUGCGUUGCCGCCAUAAUAACGAUAGCUUCCAUGGUUUCCUUAAACAACUCCAUUUUCUAUAGACCCAAAGACAAAAUUUUAUUUGCCGAUGCAGCCCGCAAAAACUUUUUCUGCCCUCACGGUGACCAUUUAACUCUUAUGAGGGUUUACAAUGAAUGGGCAGAAACCGAUUUUUCUACACAAUGGUGUUACGAAAACUUUAUCCAAUAUCGUUGCAUGAAACGCGCACGAGAAAUCAGGGAACAAUUACUUUAUUUGGCAGAGAGGAUAGAAAUUUACAUUCCACCACUCACUCAAAAUAAUCAAAAUGAUUCUCAAAAAAAUAUCGCCCAACAUUUAGAUGAAUCUACCGAUUAUGACGACGUUGCUAUCAGAAAAGCAAUAACUGCUGGCUAUUUCUAUCACACGGCUCGGUUUACAGAAAAAGGUAGUUAUAAAACGACCAUUAAAUUCAACAAUAUAAACACUACCGGAGUCCUAAUCCAUCCUAAUAGUUGUUUGUUUCAAACGAAUCCUAAAUGGAUCAUCUAUUACGAGCUCGUUUUCACAACCAAAGAAUACAUGAGACAAGUUAUAGAGAUUGAAAACAGCUGGUUACUUGAAGUCGCUCCGCAUUAUUACAAGGAAAAGGAUUUAGAAGAUAACUCGGAUAAAAAAUUACCUAAAGCAACAGGAAAAUCUAGCAAAGAACUAAAUAGGACAUAUGACUAAAAAUAAAUAUUUUACUUUUGCAUGGGAUACAAUUUACCUUAUUUGAUAUCCUCCUUAAUUAGAUGAAAGAAUUUUGAUAUUCACAA